UCAGUUUCAGUUUAUCCUGAAAACUGCCUGAUACACAUUUUAUGUUGGAGGUCGUUUCCCGGAAGUUACUGAUGUGCUUCUCUCAUGACGCCGGUGUAGUGAGAGGCAGAAGGCCACGCCGAGGGACUUUAGUAGAGCCACAGGAUGGAGGUAUCAAGGAGAAGAGUCCUGCAGAAACAUCUGGAGCCUGCCAGGCCUCUGCGUCGCAUCCAUGUUGACAUAGAGCCCAAUAAGAAUGCUGCUACAUGUGCACAGGCAUUGAUCAGAGAAAUAAAUCGAGAGACAAAUGUUGAUAUAGAGCAGUUCUUCAAGAUUGUCAACCUGCACAAACAAAAAGAAGGGAGAAUAUCUUACUCCAGGGAUUUUUUAAUCGGUCUGGCGAGUUGUCCUGAGGCCAGGAGAAAGCCAGAAUACCUUCCUGAGCAUCCCAUCGUCUUGCCUGAGGCAAGGGAUCUGGGGCACCUAAGGUUUCAUGACAUGAGGAGGAAUGGGGGAAAAGAAGAAAUGAUGGAGGAGAGGCUUCACUCACCUUGAGAAAUUUGCACAGAUGUUCACUAUGCCAAAGAGAGUUUGAAUCGUUUCUUCUUGUUUUUCUUGGUGAAUUUAAUUUAACUUGUUACAUUUUUAUUUGCAUGUUUAUUAUUUUGAUAACAGUUUGAACUGAAGUUGCACAAAUUAAUAAUAUCAAACACUACUUUAUUAGCUUGAGUGUGAAUACUGCUUGCAUUGUUUGCUGUGUACAAGUUUGGCUUAAGUAAAGUAUUUAUAUUUUGUUU